AUGGCUACUUUUACAAAUUUGAUAAUAUCAGUGUUCCUCGUAACUGGUGGUACCUACGCAGGAUACCUACAUGGUAACCCUCAUCAUCACCCUGCUCAUCCAGACUCAUCAUCCCUAAGCGGUCUAAGUGCCCCCAGUUCGCUGGAUUCUGUAUCUAGCUUCUCUCCGAGCAGUUUUCCCGCUGGAUCUCUACCAUCAGCCUCUUACAGUGGACAUGGUCACCAUGACAGUUAUCAUAGUGGCGCUUUAGAUUUAGGUUCAAGUGGACAUCACUCGUCAUCUUUAGAUUCAGGAUAUGGCGAUCAUGGAUUCUCUGGAUCUUUAGACUCUGGAUUGGGUGGACAUGGAUCCUCAUUCGAUUCUGGCUUAAGUAGCCACGGAUAUGGGCAUGGAUCAUCUUUAGAUUCUGGCCUGAGUGGACAAGGAUUUGAUCAUGGAUCGUCUUUAGGCUCCGGUCUAAGUGGUCAUGGAUAUGGACAUGGAGCAUCUUUAGAUGCUGGCCUGAGUGGACAUGGAUCAUCUUUGGAUUCUGGCCUAAGUGGACAAGGAUUUGAUCAUGGAUCGUCUUUAGAUUCCGGUCUAAGUGGUCAUGGAUAUGGACAUGGAUCGUCUUUAGAUUCUAGCCUAAGCGGACACGGAUCGUCAUCAUUGGAAUCUGGACAUAGUGGUCUAGGUUUAAAUGGUUUAUCAUCAGGUGGUUUUUCUGAACCAUUAACCUCUGGUUUCUCAGGAUCUUCUGGAUUUGCUCCAGCUCCUCCAGCGCCACUGCCUUUAGAACCUGCACCGUCACUACCAGCAUCUUUUGGAUCUGGAUUUUCUUCAGGGUCCAGUUCUUUGUCAGGUUCCUUGCCUGCUGCGCCAGCUUCAUUUGGAUCAGGAUUAGCAUCAGGAAGCGGUCCUGCUCCUGGAGGAGAAGCGCCACCUCCAGGCCCAAAAGCUCCUGUUAUUACCGAAAUCCAAGGCCUUGCUAACAGUAAUGGAGCACCUACACGGUACAACGUCCGCGAAGAAACGUAUCAAGUGGUUCGUGAAGUCACCCACAGGGUGCCUCAGCCUGUACCAGUGCGAGUACCACAAACAGUAAGAAUACCUGUACCGCAGCCGUAUCCCGUCAAGGUACCAGUCGUCAAGAACGUGCCUGUGCCAGUAGUCAAAAUUCAGCAAAUCAAAGUGGAAAAACCUGUGCCAUACCCAGUUGAAAAAAUUGUGAAGGUCCCGGUUGAGAAAGUGGUGCAUGUGCAUGUAGACCGUCCAGUUCCAAUCGAGAAGAUCGUUAAAGUGCCAAUCGUGAAGGUAGUUAAGGUUCCAGUGCACGUAGUGAAGAAAUAUCCUGUACCUGUGGUGAAGACUGUUCAUCACAAGGCGGUGGCGGUUAAGAUACUCUUCUUGACAGCGUUUGUGUAUGGAGUGAGAGGAGGAUAUCAAUCAGGACAUCAUAGUCAUUCAGGCCAAGAUUCAUACACUAACUCAGCUUUGAGUGCACCAUCAGCUUCUUAUGGUCCACCUUCAAAUUCAUAUGGACCCCCUUCACAUUCACAUGCACCCCUUUCAUCAUCGUACGGGGUUCCCUCAACAUCUUAUGGAACUCCAAUCUCAUCUGGGUCAAACAGCUUAGGAAGUGGUUUCGGUAGUGGAGUAGGCUCAAGCAGCCUAGGAAGUGGUUUCGGCAGCGGUGGCGGCUCAAGCGGAGGAGGUUUGAUAGGAGAUUCGCAUCUUCCCGCUCCACUUCCAAGCGCUCCUUUGGACAAUUUCCCAGCGCCAAGCCCGGUGUAUGGAUCCCCAGAGAGUUCAGGCAGUUUGAUUCUUGAUGAAAAUCGCCUCCCUGGCUCUGGCUCUGGCGCUGGCUCUGGAAGCACUGCUUUGGGACCGCCCAGAGUUAUCGGAACAACUGUGACAGUAGGCCGCCCUGUUUUGGAUAAUUCCAAAUAUGAACUUCAAUCUGUUGUUCAAAAUGUCGUUCGCCGCGUGCCGGUUGAAGUGGUUCGUCACGUGCAAGUAGCGGUCCCUCAGCCUUAUCCUGUACCAGUACGUCAAGAGGUCAAAGUCCCAGUGCCACAGCCUUAUCAAGUACCCGUUAAUGUUGUAAAGCAUGUUCCAUACCCAGUAUAUAAGAAACAGCAUGUAGAGGUUGCCAAGCCCGUUCCCGUUGAAGUUGUGAAAAAAGUACCAGUUGAAGUGAUCAAAAAGGUCCCCAUUCCUGUUGAUAAACCUUAUGAGGUCAUAAAGAAGGUCCAUGUUCCAGUAGUUAAACAUGUCGAAGUGCCUGUCCCCGUCUGGAAGCCAUAUCCGAUCCACAUCAUUAAGCAUGUCACCCAUUACCAAAGUAAUAAGGGUUGCUGCUGGUGA